CGCGCAUUGGGUCCACAGCGCGCGUGUGAACGGGACUCGCGAACGAAAAUAUACAUGGCGAGAGGUCAUUUGUGCACUGAGAGGGAGCAACCUGUGUCUGUGAGCGCACAAGUGACAAACCUGCGUGCGCGCGUUGUCAACGACCACACGGCAGAGGAAAACGUGCGCGCGCGGCAGCCUCUCUGCGCGCUCGCCAGCCUCUCUGCGCGCUCGGCAGUAAAGGGGUUUUGGCACUCUGGAGGCGUGGCCUGUGGCAGAUCUUCUCUGUCCUCUGAUUGGUUAGUUUUUCCCGCACUUCACCCUCUACCUCAUUGGCCGAUCUUCUCUGUCCUGUGAUUGGUCAUAUUUUGUACCUUUCUCCGUGCCUUUUAGUUCAGCCAGAAGCUCAGCCAGGAUGUCGAAGGAUUCAGAGAUCAUUUCCAGGAAUAUUUGGAAAAAAAAAUUUUGGGAAAAAGCGAACCUCUUCAUGUGCUGUAAAAGGGUGUCUCAAUCCUGUCAAGUCGUUUCCAGUACAAUUUUACUUGGUCAACAAAAAGAUGGAGACAACACCUAAAGUUUCUGAUGAGCUGAAACUUCUUCAGGCAGGGAUGGGUCGGCGAACAAUCAACAUCACGGAGGAUGCUGACCAUUCAUGGCUUUCCAGAAAAUUGGAGGAUGCAUACUCUCAAUUAGCAGCCUUAAAAGGAGCAUGGAUGUUAUACAAGGCAGUUGGUGGCUCUGGACGAAGAAAAUUAUGCAUUGUACCACCUGAAGCUGACGGCUAUACAGGAGCUUACCUCAGUACAGUUGGACGUGGGAAGUCAACACUGUACAUUGUCCCUGUCCAAGGAACUAUCGAUAUGUCACCCCUUCCUUACUCUGCAAAAGAGUUUGAAAAAAUGCCCAAAGCACCUUGUCAGACAUGUUCAGUAAACAUGCCAAUCCAGUUACUGGCUGCCCAUGUAGAAAGCUGUAAAAAUGAGUCUUUCAAUCAAAAUAUUAAUUUAGAUGCUUUGUUUCAGAUUGAAGACUUUCAGGAAUCAGCAGAAAGCACACAUGCCUUUGAUGUGCUUGGGGAUAAUGCCUCUGACACUCCAGAAAGUGUCAUGUCUAUGAAAGCAGAGUGUCCAAUUUGCGAGAAGAUGUUUUCAAGUGACCUGCUGGAAAUCCAUGCAAGCUACUGUGGUGAAAGAGCCUCUAAUGCAUCAAAUCCAACCACAUUGGAUGACUCAGAGUUGGUCCCAAAAAGACUGAAAACACAUACAGACACAAAAAGCAUUGCAGACAUCAUCAAAUGCCUUAAUGAAAGAGUUGAUGAAACAAGCAUCUUCAACAUUAGUGUAACAAGGGAAGAUAUACUGGAAAGGGGGCUGAAACAAUGGCAGCGCCAGAAAAAAUCAUCGCCCCGUCAUCCCCUUAGAGUUUCUUUUAUUGGGGAGCCUGGAAUCGACAGCGGAGCACUGAGGAAGGAAUUUUUAACAGACAUGGUUUCAGGUAUUGAGACACGUUUCUUUGAAGGAGGAGAGAGCGGUAAAAACCCCAAGUAUUCAAUGAUUGACGUGGAUAAACACAACUUCCAAACAAUAGGAGAAAUAUUUGCAGUCAGCAUCACACAGGGUGGACCACCACCAAACUUUUUAAUGCAGUGGUGCUACAAGUACAUGUCAAAUGGGGAAAUCGACCAGGAUGGAUUAAAUGAAAAUGAUGUUACUGACCCUGAACUUAUGGAACUCAUGAAAGAGAUUAAAGAAGCAGAUGAAACAACACUGAUGACCUACACCGACAGGAUUUUGUUGUGUGGAUACACGGGACCAAUAACCAUUCAAAAGAAGGAAGACAUCCUUCGCUCAACAGUCUUGCAUGCCACGAUGAGGUUGCUGCCUAUGCUUCAGCAGAUCUGCUCAGGAAUGAAGCUAUAUGGUCUCCUCAGCCUGGUCCAGCAGGAAAAAGACAUCUGCAGGCAACUGUUUGUGCCUGGAUCUUUUGGCAAGGUGGAUGCUGACUUUCUAGUCCAGUCACUGUCACCCGUCUUCAGUGAAAGUGGAACAAUGAAGCGUCAAAGGGAGAACAGAAUAGUCAACUUUCUUCAGGACUUUGUUCAGGACAUGGAUGAUCAGGAAGACACAACAGGAGGUGAGCAGUCUGAAGAGUUCAAAAUGGAUGCAAACCCGGAGAGAACAGAAGGGAACUUCAACAGUCAGUGGCUUAAUGUUGGCAAAUUUUGCCAGUGGCUGACUGGACAGCGUCACAUCCCAUUGAGUCCUACUGAGCGUGGGACAUUCAAAAUAGUCAUGGAAUUUGACCACGACUGCAGUGCACGUUUUGGAAAACAUAGCAUUUGCUACCCUGUGGUUAAUGCAUGUUCUUGUUCUAUCACAUUCCCAGUGUCACAUUUAACCACAUACUUGGAAUUCAAAACUGUCAUUUCACAGGCUAUUAUCCAUGGAAAUGAAUUUGGACGACACUAAGAACUGAAUACAGCACAGCAAAGAAUCAAAAAUGUGUGUUACCUAAUUAUACUAGUUCAUGUUUUCUGCAUGCAGUUUUUUCAUUUUUAGUUACAUAAAUGUUCAGUUUUUACCAUAAAUGUUGAGUUUCACAAAUUAUUCACACAUGAGGGAUUGUUAUGUACUUUAUCUGUACAUUGUAUGAUACAGGAAGCUGUACAGUAAAAAACAAUGUUUUGUUUCAGACAA